AUGGCUCAAGUGACCGGAACUGCCUGUCCAAAACACCCUCACGUUCCCUCUAGCCAGACGUCGUUGGAAUCAGCUGGGUCUGUCACAUUUGUCUCACGUCCUUCCAGUUCCCAACCAACACCGCUGAUAGUCACUGGACAACCACCAGUCAGACCAGCGUUUAUUAUCACCAAUCACUCGCACAACAACGCAACUGAACAGGUGUUGUCUCCACAUCCUCUCCGUCCACAAGCUGGUUUCUUUCCUGACUCACCUGUACUCAUUGCCUAUCCGGCCGAUAAGUUGAGCCAUGGAACUCCAGCUGCCCCCAACGGUCAACUUGACUAUCAGUCUAAACCAAUGCUUGACAAACCAAUGCCUUCCUACACGUCUCAACCGCUACCACCAUCCCGCAUUCCUCCGGAGCAUCCUUAUCCGAGUCACACCAAACAUGUUAAGAAAUCCCAUAGCUCUUCGUCUCAAAGUCGGCACCACCAGAAGGCAUGUUCCCAACGUCGUUGGCCCUUGGUCCAACCUCGUUCGACAGAUGCGAAUUCACAGCCAGGCUUGGUCGCCCCGGUUAUUUCGAAUUCACUUCAAGCAAAGGUUGAUCCCAACGAUUUGGUGAGUCCAUAA